CUCGCUCUCAGAUCCGAGAAUUGGUCUGAUGGAGCAAAGGCACUCAGCGCGGCUCGGUAGACAAAGACAACAAUGGGACCAGUAUGCAAACAGCAUGGAUUGUACUGGAAAUUUUACACAGGACCAGAGAUCUCCAACGGGAGAGAAAGCCUUCAAGUGCACUGUGUGUGGGAAGGCAUUUUCAGAUUCAUUUGAUCUUAAAAAACACCAGAGAACACACACAGGAGAGAAACCCUUCAAGUGCACUGUGUGUGAGAAGGCAUUUGCAUGGUCAUCAUGUUUACAGAUCCACCAGAGAACACACACAGGAGAGAAACCCUGUAAGUGCACUGUGUGUGGGAAGGCAUUUUCAAAUUCAUCUUAUCUUAAAAUACACCAGAGAACACACACAGGAGAUAAAGCCUUCAAGUGCAGUGUGUGUGAGAUGGCAUUUUCACGGUCAUCUAAUCUUAAAAUCCACCAGCGAAUACACACUGGAGAUAAACCCUUCAAGUGCAGUGUGUGUGAGAUGGCAUUUUCACGGUCAUCUAAUCUUAAAAUCCACCAGAGAACUCACACAGGAGAGAACCCCUUCAAGUGCAGUGUGUGUGAGAUGGCAUUUUCACAUUCAUCAAAUCUUACAAAGCACCAGAGAACGCACACAGGAGAAAAACCCUUCAAGUGCACUAUGUGCUUGAAGGCGUUUGCACGUUCAACACAGCUUCAUAGACACCAGAGAACGCACACAGGAAAGAAGAAACCCUUUAAGUGCAGUGUGUGUGGGAAUGCAUUUUCAAGUUCGUCUUAUCUUAAAAUACACCAGAGAAUACACACAGGAGAUAAACCCUUCAAGUGCAGUGUGUGUGAGAUGGCAUUUUCACAGUCAUCUAAUCUUAAAAUCCACCAGAGAACACACACAGGAGAGAAACCCUUGAGGUGCACUGUGUGUGGGAAGGCAUUUUCAAGUUCAUUUUAUCUUAAAAAACACCAGAGAACACACACAGGAGAGAAACCCUUGAGGUGCACUGUGUGUGGGAAGGCAUUUUCAAGUUCAUUUUAUCUUAAAAUACACCAGAGAACACACACAGAAGAGAAAGCUUUCAGGUGUAGUGUCUGUGGGAAGGCAUUUUCAGAUUCAUCUGCUCUUAAAAAACAUCAGAGAACACACACAGGAGAGAAAGCCUUCAAGUGCACUGUGUGUGAGAUGGCAUUUUUACAGUCAUCUAGUCUUAAAAUCCACCAGAGAAUACACACAGGAGAUAAACCCUUCAAGUGCACUGUGUGUGAGAUGGCAUUUUCACAGUCAUCCAAUCUUAAAACGCACCAGAGCACACACACAGGAGAGAAACCCUGUAAGUGCACUGUGUGUGGGAAGGCAUUUUCAAGUUCAUCUUAUCUUAAAAUACACCAGAGAAUGCACACAGGAGAUAAAGCCUUCAAGUGCAGUGUGUGUGAGAUGGCAUUUUUACAGUCAUCUAGUCUUAAAAUCCACCAGAGAAUACACACAGGAGAUAAACCCUUCAAGUGCACUGUGUGUGAGAUGGCAUUUUCACAGUCAUCCAAUCUUAAAACGCACCAGAGAACGCACACAGGAGAGAAAGCCUUUAAGUGCAGUGUGUGUGGGAAGGCAUUUUCAAGUUUAUAUUAUCUUAAAAUACACCAGAGAAUGCACACAGGAGAGAAACCCUUCACGUGCAGUGUGUGUGAGAAGGCAUUUUCAAGUUCGUCUUAUCUUCAAAUCCACCAGAGAAUACACAAAGGAGAGAAUCCCUUCAAGUGCAGUGUGUGUGAGAUGGCAUUUUCACAGUCAUCAAAUCUUAAAAAGCACCAGAGAACGCACACAGGAGAGAAACCCUUUAAGUGCAGUGUGUGUGGGAAGGCAUUUUCAAGUUCAUAUUAUCUUAAAAUACACCAGAGAACACACACAGGAGAGAACGAGUUCAAGUGCACUGUGUGUGGGAAGGCAUUUUCAAGUUCAUAUUAUCUUAAAAUACACCAGAGAACACACACAGAAGAGAAACCCUUCAAGUGCACUCUGUGCGGGAAGGCGUUUGAACAGUCACCACAGCUUCAUAGACACCAGAGAACACACAGGCAUCAGAAGACCCCCAAGGAGUGUAGUCUGAAAUCGACUUGUGAAAGUCAAAGUGCUGCAAUGAACCCAUCCCUCCUGAAAAAAGAACCAGAAGUAAAUUCCAGCUUGGACACUAUGAAAUGUAUCAAGGUGAAAUUUGAAGAGGCGACAGUGACCAGCGAAGAAGUGACAGUGAAGAGCGAAGAAGUGAAGGUAAAAUGUGAAGAUGAACAUUCAACUCCAAAAUCGGACCUUCACAUCAAUGGAGGCAACAUGAAGCAGGAGGAGAAUUCUGAUUGUGAGGCAGAGCGAGGCAACUCCCAGCAGUUUGUGGAAGUGGAGGUGUGGGUGGACUUCUUAGACAAUACAAAGUCAAAUGGAGAACCUGUAGAUGUGUAAGCUUGAGACAAUGAAGCUCCAAUAGAUUCACAUUUGUCACAGGCCUUUAAUGAAAAUAACGUGAAGUUGAACACUCCAUUCCUAGGUUCAACCUGCAGAGUAAGAGCGGUCAGUAUUUGCGGACCUGUGGGUUGGGUAGAUCUCUAACUAGGAGCGAGAGCCAAUAAGCUCCCAAACAUUCACUAUGUUAUAAUAAUAUUAACAUUUAUAUGGUGCUUGGUUAAUCGCCUCAGCAACUCGGAGUUUUGUAUCAUCUCAUCACAAACACUCAAAGAGCACGCCUUUUGGCGUCCUCUGGAUUAACACCGUUUGAUACUAGGCUCGAAAGAAAGCUGUCUCUGGUGUGGACCAAUCAGUUUCAAAGACAAUGCAUAUGUUGUGUCCUAUGACUAACCACACGGCGAUCCGAGGGGAGAGAAUUUCACGUAAAAACAGAGGCACGACCCAUACAUCGAGACUACUGCGAGUUACAGACGACUAUAAGCGACAGAGAGUACUGCGACGAGCAGACUCCGGGGCAUGGCCUCGAGAUCAACAAUGGGUGGUGUGUCUCGCAGAUAAGAGAGGCGAAGUGAUGCUCGGUGCUGAGUUCGACAUGGCCCGACAGAGUAUCGCUGAGAGUUUUAUUCCACAUUUAUCCUGAUGUUUUGAGUCGCUUGCAAAGUCAAGGAUUGCGAUAAGUUGUAUUAAGCUUUCACAGUUGUUCAAGAGGUGUGCAAAUACAAUUUACAAGUUUUGAGCGUGAGUUUCAGCUCCCACGAGCAGCUGCAAUCGGCAGGCUUCAGGGAACCUGCCCCCGUGACUGGCACAUCGUCAACGAGCUGCACCAGCAGAAGCCACGAAUCUAUGAAAUCAACACAAAGAGUUGAAUUACUGCAAGCAGCAAGCUCUAGGGUGGGACUCUGCAAUCAACCAAGGAUGAAGAGGCUUGCCGAGUACCAAUGGGUCACCGAGUACGAGCUCGGCGCUGACAGAAGAAUUAUCGCUCAAAGUUAUUCAACGCUGAGUGCCAGCUCCUACGAGCAGCUGCAGCCCGAGAGAUAGAGUGACGAGCAACGACGAUCAAUCAACCGGGAGAAAGGGUGGAAGCCCAAGCAUCGACCAAGCCAGCAUCUUAGAGAACCAGCUGCACGCGCAACCAGGCAUCGCCAGAGAGCACGGAGCCAGAGAGAGAGCGCAGCAGCGCCACCGAGCAAGGGUGUCAGCUGCCAGCGGACGAGCGGCGAGCGCUGUCGAGCACCUUCAAAGACAAGCAUCGUGCCGACUCGGCUCAUCCAGCAGGGGACAAAACCAUGAAUAGCCACCCGUGAGAAAGAGGAGAGCGCCGUGGGUUCGACCCACACACACCGACCAGCACCAGCUGUGAACCAAGACAAGAGUGAGGAACGGCGACCAGCAGAUGAGCUGCGGGCGCUAUCUGACGACGGAAUCAUCGCGCACCGCCGACGGCGAGCGUCGUGCCGACUCUUCAUCCAGCAGUGGGCAGCAGCUCCAGCUGCAGCCGAGCGAGAGAGAGUGAGGAAGCUGUGUGUGUGACCCUCCCCCACACUCACAUACUCGCCACGUAUCACCCAGCGUCUGCUUGACGCGAAGAAUUGAUCAAGGAGACAAAACCACCAAACACACCGCACAUACCGGGACUAAUAAUGAGAAGAAUAAUCAUAAGAGUGCGUCAACUAUUAGCUGAUAAUGAAGAACAUUGCUGCCCAUUGAGUCACGUGGAUACGGUCUUUGAGAAGUAUUUUAUUCGUUCUUUUUGUUAAUUUUAACUGUACCGAUGAAUUCAUUGACGAAACUUAACGUUUAGAAACCUACGUUACGAAUCCACACACUCACAGGGAGACUAUUGUGUUGAAAUCUUUCUUUUGAUCACAGAAUCUUGCCCGCGAAUUUAUUGACGCCUUAGCCAAUUGAUAAGCAUUUGCUGAAGCAGGCAUGUGAUGCCGCCGCCACGAAGCCGUUCAGCAGGCGCCCCAUCUACAACCUCGCCACCACCAAGCGACGGAGCCGACCCUGCGUCCCCCUCAACUCACAUGAACACACCCGCACGCAUUCCCCCCCCCCCCCCCCAUAGAGCUCCGAGGGGAGGUCACCUGACUGACCGAUUUUUAUCCGAGAAACCCUUAUCGUGAUUAACUUUCACGGUUUCCGGUGACCAGGGAAUUGGACGACCUCCCCCGACGCUACUUUGCACCGCGGCGCUGCGACCGGCCUUAAGAUGUUAUGGUCGCGGCGAAGGGCAUUCGGCCACCGCGGUUGAAACGCAUCCCCCCACACACACCCCCACGGGUCGACGAGAUAGGCAGAGGAGGGACGGGGCGGCAUAGUUUAGCGUGCCAAAGAGGGCUCGAGUGCGUAGGUGCCAUUGUUAGGGAAGUUAAAGGAUAGGGCUGGAAUUGCAAAUAAUCAGAGAGGCGACUCGGGCGCAUAGUGCGCAAGUGAUGGGGCAGGGGGUGGAGACAUGCGGAGGCUCCGCGCUUAACUUCCACAGCAGGCCGUGGUGAUGGACGCUGCUGCAUAAUGCGCAAGACCAAGGCGCCAUGCAUGAGAAAGGGAUUAAUUAGAAUAAACGCCGCAACACGCAACGCAUCUGAUUAGCAUAGCAAGGGCGCCCGGAACCGCCGUACGCGUGCUGACGGGCACGCGCCCAUUGUUAAAGAAAAACUGGGAGGGGCCGCCACCACGCCCGGAGCCGCAUCCCUUUGAUGUAGGGAGGAUAAAAAUGGGGCGCAAAGGGGAGAUCGCUCUCUUCAGCACCAGGCGACAAGACGCUCUCCAGCCAGCGACCCGAACGUCCGUGAGACGCAUCGAGGUACGCCGCGAGUACGGGAUCAAAGGACCGCUGUGGGCACCUAACAGUGAGUAAGAAGGUGAAGUAGGAUCAUAGCCGAUAAAUAGGGAAUAGGUCCAGGGGUAGUAGAAUAGGCCAGCCUCGUCGAUUCAUACUGAUUUAAUAUCAAUUCCCAGGUGGUCGAAAAUAAAUCAUUAAUAGCUAAUCGUGGCCUCGUGUGAUCUAGUUGAGAGGUGUGAACGGGUGUGGUGCUGUGUACACAGUGGUUCGCCACGUGAGUGAGCGCUGCGCGGAGCUGCGCGUGUGGGUGCGCGUGUGUUCACUACGUGUAUGAUACAGGUGCGCGAUCACAACGUGAGUGUUCAGUGGUGAGUGAGUGCCGCGCGGAGCUCUGUGCGGGAGUCCGCGUACGUUCGCUACGUGUCGGAUACGGGUGCGCAUUGGUAACGUGGUUAUUCGACGUGGAGGCGAGUGCCGCGCAGGGCUGUAGACGGGCACACGCUCGCAGCGUGCGAGAGCUGUACGUAGCGGUGUAAAGAGGGGGAGUAUGGCAUUUGAUUGAUGAUGCUGUGCGCACGUAUGCUUGCAGCGUGGGAGCGCUGCGUGAGGCCGUAUGGGUAGGGGUGUCGCGUCCGAAGGCCGGCGAAACCCUAGCGGGUAAUAGGGCGGUGCGGCAACGCAACCGGAAUAGGGGAUGCGUGAUGGGGAGACCCUGGGGGCCAACGGCCCCCACAGGCACACUGCCACACACCAUUGUUCCAAGACGUUUAGUUAAUUACAUAAUCUACCAAUGAAUUCAUUGAGGUCUACUUUUGCAUUUGGGACAUGUUUCAUUAUUGCCGUUCGUAUGAAUAUGGUCACAUUUAUUUUUAAGGACUUUUUCCUAUGCUCGCGUUACUCUGAGGAAUUAACCGAUUGCUCUGUUAUCCAGUUUAACGUAAUCAGUGAGGGUUAAAUGUACGGAUCAAUGAGCACAUCUCCAGGAGUACUGUGACAAUUCCAAGCAUAAGAGUUUGCAUAUUAGAGUGUUAUAUUUUUGUUUAGAAAUUAAAGUUGCUUAACACAGAAGUGUCUGAGUGGUUCCUUUCAAAGUU